AUGGGGCUUCCCUUCUCCCGGAUGUCGCGUGCAUCGGCCGUCUCUACUUUGAUAAUGAUCCCCUUUUUCAUUGAAUUUGGGCCGGAUCGGCCAUGGAAAAUUCCCCAGCGCUGUAUUGUUAUUACUAUGAUGAUACUAGAUCUUGAUGAGUAUAUCCGCCCAGAUCACAUUGAAUACAUUCGAGCAAGGUGUCAAGAGGGAGCGCCCUUAGAAAGGAAUGAUGACCGGGUUGAAUGUUCUGCUUUAGGAUACCGAUUUUCUUUCGCAGAACAUUCUGAAUCUGAAUACGGAAAGCCAUCCCUUGCGGACUUCUCGAUCUCUAUACUGGCCUUCAUUGGAAGUGGUGGAGCUGACUGGGGUAUCUCCAACACUUCCCUCAGGUCAGUUGAUUGUACAUCCAACACCCGAGGACCAAAGCGAAAUCGACGAAAUCGAAGACUGGGAGAGGAACAUCUGUGA